UCUACCAGUUUAGUGAAGAAGCGCAGAACAAUUCCUCACAUAAAGAGCUCACACUUGUACUUACGAGUCGUAGUUAUUAGUACAAGAUGCGGUCAGAGCGCUCUCGAAAAUGCACUAGACCAGCUCUACAAAGCCACAUUGCGGCUCGUAGUCAGAUCCACUGCGGGAGCCAGAGGACGCAGUUCGGGGUGGCAGAAUAAGCUUCCGGUAACCGAGCUUAAGCGGUUGCUGCCUAAUCUCCAGCCCGAAAGGAUGUGGGCCCGGAUCCCCCUUGAAGUCUUUCUGUUUCUUUAUUCCUUUGCCUUCUGGCCAUGCGUCUUCUUGAUUCCAAAACUCUCCGCUUUGAGGUGUUCGAAGAUGCCUUAAUUCCUAGGUACGCAAUCUUAUCGCACACAUGGGGCGAUGGCGAGGUCUUGCUGCAAGAAAUGGAAAAAAAUGCCGCAACGAACAAAGCAGGAUACCACAAAAUACUUCAGGGAGCCGCGCUAGCACUCAAAGAUGGUAUAUCCCACAUAUGGGUUGACACCUGCUGCAUUGAUAAAUCUAGCAGUGCGGAGCUGAGCGAGGCCAUUAACUCAAUGUAUCAGUGGUAUCAGAAAGCGGAAGUCUGCUACGCAUAUCUUUCAGACGUUUCUGGCACGACAGACAACAUUUUCGGCGCUUCUACACUUUCGGAAUUCGAAGAGAGCAGAUGGUUUACGCGUGGAUGGACGCUCCAGGAGCUAUUAGCUCCAAAUCAAUUGUUAUUCUUUGAUAAGAAUUGGCAGUGCAUCGGGUCCAGAUCAGAUCUAGAAGAGCAUGUGACAAGGAUAACUAGCAUCGACAGUGCUGCUCUAGGGGGGAAAGAGUUGUGCUCAUUCACCGUGGCUCAACGAAUGUGUUGGGCGUCCAACCGUACAACCACACGAGUCGAAGAUCUUGCAUAUUGCCUACUAGGUAUUUUCGAUGUCAAUAUGCCUCUACUAUACGGCGAGGGGCAAAAGUCAUUCAUAAGACUUCAAGAAGAGAUCAUGAAGAGCACAGAGGAUCAGACCCUCUUCGCAUGGAAAGACCCUGACCUUCCUCCAUCGUUCUCCACCGGCCUGCUCGCGCGUAACCCAGGCUGCUUCGUAGAUUCAGGAUCCUUUUCAUCCCCAGAGGUUUGGAGAAGGAGCGUUCCGUCAGAAUUAACAAGUAAAGGCAUAUACACCAAUCUCUUCUUGAUUUCUAGCGGUACGGCAGAUAUCUAUCGAGCCUGUCUCAGCUGCACCGUCAACCCUCUUUCCAACGACAGCCCGGCAAUUCAUCUCCGCAGAAUAUCGAACUUGAGGACAACGUUCGAGAGGGAAAAUGAAUAUACCAGGAUAUCAGCUGGUCGACUCGACAUAUUGGGUGGUACAGAGAAGGUUGAGGGCAAACACGAGGAAGUGUACGUCAGGAAGCUCGAUGAUGUGCGCCUUAACCGAGUUCAAGAAUAUCGUAAUGUCAACGUUUUCUGGAUAAGCAUUGGAUCAUGUCGCGUGUACCCUGAUAGUCAGUGGGACCCGCAAUCGGAGAUUUUCUGGUCACAAAAUACAGCCGAUGGGAAGGCGGGGGUGGUAUAUUGUCGUUCCCUGACGACCCCAUUCUUGAUCAUACUCGGCAUUUCUCCCUCAAGGCGGCCUUGGUGUCAUACCAAAACGACUACUUGGACAGACCCUCUUGGAGCUUGGGAAUCAUAUGAGCCCGAUGGGACAGAGUGCGCUGAAUCUUACCUGGAUCUGGAUGACUCUAACACAAGUCUCCGACUCGGUGCGGAAAGAGAGCGCUUUUCCGUAUUCGUAGAGAUGAAGAAAUACAUGGUGUAUAGCACAGCAGUCUAUAGAGUGAAAGCAAUGUCAAGAAACGGGGACACAGGAGAAAGCUCUCGACUGUAG